AUGCCUCCCCCCAAACCAACCAUCCCGCCUGCCGCGAAACCUCGCUACGGCAAGAACUUUGACCCAUGGAACUCAUCUGGCACCGGUCACCAGCGCCCCGACAACACGCCUGGCUCCAGUACUGGGUGGCGCGAGUCGCGCAGCCGGAAGCUCACCUCUCAAUUCCGCGCUGGUGGGAGUGGAGGGCAACGGCUGGGCGACACAUGGGGUCCUGGAGCGGAGGGGUUCGACAAGGGAAUUGGGGCAGUCGUAGAGGAGCCAAAAGGGAGGAGCGUCAUUGACAUGCUCAUGAGGCCUGCCUCGAGGGAAAGCACACCCAAACUUACCGAAGAAGUGGGCAAAGGUGAGGUCGAGCACGAAGAGGCCGAAGAAAAAGAGGCGAAGAAAGGCAUCUUCCAGGGCGUGGUGGUGUAUGUCAACGGAAGCACAUUCCCUCACAUAUCCGACCACAAGCUCAAGCAAGUACUGAGCGAGAACGGGGGUCAAAUGGCGAUUCAUCUGGGACGCAGAAAAGUCACACAUGUCAUCGUGGGAAGACCCAAUAGUGCCGGCUACGGCGCUGGGGGCGGGCUGGCAGGAGGUAAACUCGACAAGGAGAUACGCAAAAUGAGAGGCGUGGGAGUCAAGUUUGUUGGCGUUGAGUGGGUACUGGAAAGCCUCAAGGCCUGCAAGCGUUUGCCCGAAGCACGAUUUGUCGACUUGAAGGUCGUCCCAAAGUCACAGCGGAGUGUCUAUGGACUGUAUGCCAAGCAACCUCCCAUGGAUGACGAGAUACAUGGAACGACAAUGAAGAAGACGACGUAA